AGGCCAACCCACUGACUUUUCUUGACCCAUUUUCCCAACUUACUUGUUUGCCACCUUUAGUCUACUUGAUUUCUUUUUUCUUUUUUUGGCUUACUAGUUAGUUUGAGAUGUUGGCAUGUGAUUUUAAUUGUUUUAUUACUUAGUUUUCAGCUAUGUUAUUUGGUAAUAAUAUAGUAACAAUAUGUACUUUUUUCUACAGCUACUGAGUAGGCCACAACAUCUUAAUCAGCAAGUUCGUGCGCUGGAGAUAACAAUAGAAGUAGCAACACUUGCCAUUAUUAAUCUUAAAGAUACUUCAAAUGAGUGGGACAACAAAGUCGGAUCAACAGUAAGUCCUACGAAAAAAGUAGCCGUGGAUCAACAGUUGCGCCUUGUUGCUGCCGCUGCUCAAGUAACAGUUGCAAACCCACCCAGUAUGGAUUUGGACCUGCUUGUUGAUCCGAACUUACCAUUGAGGUCGUGCCUUGUUGCUGCUGUUGAUUAUGCUUUGAUGUGGAUAGCACUGUGUGUGGAUGACGGCAUUGCUAGAAAAGUUGUUGAGUGGACCACAAGGUGUCAGUAUUAAGAUGGUUUUCUGCUUUUAGUUUAUUUUUCUAUUAAAUUAAUUAUUCAAGUAGUGCAUAGCAAUGGGUGGUGUUUUUGUUAUGAACAUGCUUAUUUGAAAUAUAAUGGAGUUUUAUUUCUUUUA